AUGGUGACCAAGUUCUACCAGCAUGUUCUGGCCUUUGCAUUUGCUGUCAAGGAGAUCAAUGAAGAUCCUGGGAUCUUGCCCAACAUCACACUUGGGUUCCACAUCUAUGACAGCUACUAUAGUAAGGGAAUGAUCUACCGCACCACGCUGGGUCUACUCUUCACAUCAGACAGAUUUGUUCCCAACUAUGAAUGUGCCCCUCAGGAGAAAUUAGUAGCCAUUGUUGGGGCACUUGGCUCUGACAUUUCCUUCCACAUGGGGUUGAUCUCAGGUCUCUACAAGAUUCCUCAGCUUCAGCCAUUUCUUCAUCAUAUUUCAUUUAACAACUCUGCUGGUGAAGAAGUAUCUUUUAAUGAUCAGCAGGAAAUCAUUGGUGGAUUUGACAUCAUCAAUAUGCUGAUAUUCCCAAACAACUCUUUCCACCGGGUGAAAGUUGGCUGGGUUGGUCCCAAUGAAGGAAAUGAAUUUGUCAUUGAUGAGGACAUGAUUGUGUGGCAAAGAUAUUUUAAGGAGGUGCCUCCCCUUUCUGUGUGUAGUGACUCAUGUUAUGCUGGUUCUCAGAAAAAAAAGAAGGAAGGAGAGAAGUUCUGCUGUUAUGAUUGUUCUCCUUGCCCAGAAGGGCAGGUUUCCAACCAGAAAGAUACAGAUGAAUGUUUCAAAUGCCCAGAGGAUGAAUAUCCAAGCAAAACUAGAGAUAGAUGCAUCUCCAAACCCCUGACAUUUCUUUCGUAUGAAGAACCCUUAGGAAUUGGUCUAGUCUCACUCUCUAUUUCCUUCUCCUUGAUCACAAUCUUGGUACUAGCACUGUUUAUUAAGCAUAAUGAUACUCCCUUCGUCAAAGCCAACAACCGGGAGGUCACCUACAUUCUCCUAAUUUCUCUCCUCUUCUGCUUUCUUUCUCCUUUCUUCUUUCUUGGGCAACCUGGCAAAGUGAUCUGCCUUCUCCAGCAAUCUGCUUUUGGCAUCAUCUUCUCCGUGGCUGUUUCGUGCGUAUUGGCCAAAACCAUCACUGUGGUCGUAGCUUUCAUGGCUGCCAAGCCAGGGUCUAAGAUGCGGAGAUGGUUGGGGAAAAGACUCACCCAUUCCAUUGUCCUGUUCUUCUCCUUUAUUCAGGCUGCAAUUUGUACGGUUUGGCUAUCUACCUCUCCCCCAUUUCCACAUUUGGACAUGCAGUCCCUAAGUGAAGAAAUCAUAUUAGAAUGUCUUGAUGGCUCUGGUGUCCUGCUUUAUGUUGUCUUGGGCUACAUGGGACUUCUGUCCCUUACCAGCUUCUUGGUGGCUUUCCUAGCCAGGAAGUUGCCUGAUUCUUUUAAUGAAGCCAAGUUCAUCACCUUCAGCAUGUUGGUAUUUUGCAGUGUUUGGUUGUCUUUUGUUCCAACCUACCUGAGCACCAAGGGAAAAUACAUGGUAGCUGUGGAGAUCUUCUCUAUCUUAGCUUCUGGUGUUGGAUUGCUAGCUUGCAUUUUCUUCCCCAAAUGUUACAUUAUUUUGCUCAUGCCUGACUUAAAACACAAGGGACAGCUAAUAAGGAAAAAGACUUUAAAUAUCUAA